ACUCAAACACAUUUCUGAGGAAAUAUUUCUUGAAGACUGGAUUCAUGAUGUACAGUUUUUAGUUGAUGCUAAAGCGCCUCAGCUGGCUGUUAUCACCGCACAUAAUUCUCUGAUAUUUUGGAGCACCGAUGAGCAAAAGAUAAAAUCAAUAUCAUGUUCUGAAAAUUGCAUAUUUGAAACAAGUAAUGGCAAACUUCCGUUUCAUCGAUUGAAAGGACAUCAGGGCGUUAUCUUUUCAGUGACAUUCAGUAAGAUUAACAAGUUAAUCUGCUCAACAUCAGAUGAUCGUAGCCUCAGGCUCUGGAAAAUUCAAUGUGACUUGCCUGUUGCGGAAUUCUCUUUGGAAUUCUGGGAAAAGUCAUCCAUUUCUCUCGUUAGCAUACUUUAUUCUCAUGAAUCUAGAGUGUGGACAUCAUCUAUUCUUCCAAGUUGUAUCAUAAGUGUUGGAGAAGAUUCAGCUAUUUGCUUUUGGGAUUUGAAUGGCAACCUUCUUACGAAGAAAAAAUGUCAUAAACAGUCAUCUACAAAAGUUGAUUUUCUUCGUUCGUUAUCUCUGCUCACCAACAAUGAAACUAGUCACAUUAUGGUCAAUACUGAUCAAGGGUAUUUAUCAUUUUAUGAUUUGAAGCAUAAAUUGUGGGUAAAUGCCCAUAUGGAUGAUUCUUAUGCUUCCUUUUGUGUAUCGUCCGUUUCAUUUCAAAGUAAAUAUGUUGCACUGGGAAACAUUUGUGGAGAUUUAACUAUUUUUGAUUUUGAAGGCUGGUCUUGUGGGAAACCUAAAAUAAAAAAGUUAAAAGUUCAUCAAGGUAAAAUAUGUGCUCUCCAUUGGGUGAACAAACCUGGCAUGAAUUUAUUAACCUGUGGUUUAAAGGGCCAAAUGAUAUUGUGGAAAAUACAGCUUGCUAAUGAGGACAUUGAAAUUAAUUGUUUGCAAAAACUUCACCUCCCAAAAUGUAAACAACAUUGGUGGUCAACAGUGGCUUUGUACACAAAUGAUUUUUCAUACUUGAUUGUUGGUGACAGAAGAGGGAACUUGAAUCUUUAUCUUUUAUUAGAUGCUGCAAAUAUUCAAGAAAUUAAUCCUUGUAAGAGGCUUUCCGGCAUCCAUGGAGACAGUGGAGUGACUGAUCUUCAAGAAAAAAAUUCUCUUAUCUAUUCAUCCGGUAAAGACGGUAAAGUUGUGGUGUAUAGCUUAGAAAAUCACUCAUUAAAUGUCUUAAAUACAGUUAAGAUGCCUCAUAAUUUAGAAUGGAUUGGUAGAAUGAUGUUUUAUAAAGAAGAAUUACUGCUUUUAGGAUUUUACACAAAAUAUUUUAUUGUAUGGAGUAGCCAACUUGAAAGUGCUGUUUUGAACAUUGAAUGUGGUGGUGGUCAUCGAUCUUGGGAUUUUUUCCUCGAGGAAAACGGAAAAGCCACGUUCGUUGCAAUAAAAAAGAAAGAGAUAAUUUACUAUGAAGAGAAUCUUGAAUUUGCUUUGCAUAAAGCAAUUAUAAAACAUGGAAUAUCUGGACAAGAAUUUACCUGUUGUUGCUAUUUAUUUACUACAAAUAAUUUGCCAUCAAACUUUGAUGAGUCAACAAAAACUUCUCUUCUGUCAUUAUGUAAUCUGUCUGGACAUUUAUCGAGCAUACGCUCCAUUGCAAAAGCCAAAAUGUGGCAGGAAAAUGCUUAUCUAUUGAUUUCUGUUGGUGGAAGAGCACAAAUGAAAAUAUGGAGAAUAACUCAUGAAACAAGUACAAUAUUUUAA